AUGGAGGAGCCUGCCGACAUGCCUCCGGACUCGGACAAUACAUCUCCACGCCGUGGUGAAGCAGCUAGGCAGCUGGAUGGUACCGAGGCCGAGUGGAGAUAUCGUGGCCGCAACGACCCGGAACCUGUUGGCGCCCAGCCCAUGUCUGCUCCGACUGGCCUUGCUGCCCAGAAGGACGAAGGCUUCCAACGUUUUUACCGAGCAGUCGUGUCGCCUACCCAUGUCCGAGUGACUGCUGGAGGCCGCAUCGUGCCCAACACACGCGGCUCUCCCUCGCCCACCACCAGGUGGCCCAAAGACAAACCCGCGGGGGAAGCAGCCGAAAACAACGCCAACCGCCCACCAAACCGGGAGGCUCUCCAGCAAGGCCAGUUUGCUAUGCCACAGCCCAUCGGCUUCUUUCCGCAUCACGCUAUGAUUCCAGGCUUUGCACCGGGAAUGAUUCCUGCCAUGCAUGGAAUGCCUGGUAUGCCUGGAAUGCCUGGUAUGCAUGCGAUGCCCCCGAUGCCUGCUAUGGCGAGCGUGCCAGCAGCAGCUGCACCGUAUCCAUUCAUGUGGCCGAUGGGCUUCAACAUGGGAGCACCCAUGGGAAUGGCUCCUGCUCCUCAUAUGAUGGGUCAUGUCCCAGGUCUGGUGGCAAUGCAGCCUCCGAACCAAAACCCAGCGGCGAACGACAAGCAAAGUGAGGCGGCUGCAUCAGAGAAUGCCACCCCCACUCGGGCUUCCGCUGCUGAGAAUGGUGAUGCUGCUCGGCCUGUCGUCCACAAUGCACAGUGGAUGGUCCCGCCUGGCGCCCUUCAUCACUUUGCUAUGGGACCUCAUCCUGGAUUCUUAGGUCCCCCAAUGAUGUCGCCUAUGGCUGCUGGGCACAGAUUCGUUCCCAACCAUGUCAUGGCUCCUGUGGCUCAGAGCAACGGACAGACGCCGCAGAUGCCACAGCACCAAGCAAUCGCCAUGCCGCAUCCUAUGGCAUUCCCUAUGGUGCCAGGUCUUGCCCCAGCUCCUGGACAGCACCACUCCUCUAUCCGAGCCAGCCAGAUCACCAAGAAGCAGCUCUCGGUUCUUCGUGCUUCCCUCAGAUGGGCUGAGGAUCAGCUUCAGUACAACAAGCAUCAGAUUGAUGAACGAACCAUGGAGCUUCAUGCACAGUCGUUGCGCAAUUCGAUUGAGCACUUCGAAAAGGUCGAGGCCGAACAAGUGGCCAAUGAACAAAGAAACCUCCCGAAAGAUCAAGCCAAGGAAGGCACGAGUGAGUCGGUAUCUGCAGAUGAAGAACGAUCAAAGUCCCCCCCACCCAGCAGCGCAAAGCCAGAGAACAGCGUCGAAAGUGCUUCUAGCCUGCCGGAAGAGUCCUUCAAUGUGCGGGCUGACAAGCAGAAAUCGGAUCAUCAGCACAGCACUUUGAACUCCACUCACGAGAACAAGGCAGUUCAGCUCACCUCGACCAUUCAGACGCUGAGCAUCUCUGAGACCACUGGCGCCAACAAGAGAUCAUCUACCUUGCCUGUCACCGCAGCACUUGCACCCCCAUUCCAGCCUCGUGCUGUAGGCGGUCACGCUAUUCGCGACGGGCUGGCUUUCUCUGUAGCAUCCGCUCAUGAACAGAACGCAACUGGCAAGCCCUAUCUUGUUGGACAGCUUCGCGCCGGCUUGACCGCUGAGAAGGCUCGGUCUAGUGGUUACAUUUAUCCUCGAGAACUGACCGACGAGGAGCGCCGAGCUCGACACUUGUAUUGGGGUAACUCUCCUCACGAGCUUCCGAAGGGUCUGCCCAGAUUUGAUGGCAAGGACUUUUAUCCGCCUUCUCCGGCCACCAGCCCCAAGGAUGAGUCGAAACACCAUGAUGAGCCCGACUUCCUGGCCCUCAAGGCACCCGCAAAUGACAUUGGUGGCAAGAAUGCCAACACUGGCGUCGACUCCUUCCAGUCAUCUCGACGUCAGCACCAGUACAGGCGAGGUGGUGUGGGCAUUUCGGUCGAGUCGGAUCCAUCUCAGCAAUCUGGCGCGUCCAGCAAUGGCGUUGACGCUUUGGCCGUUCACGUUACCCUUCAGGAUACCGGAAAGAGUGGCAUCGACAAGAACCGUCACUCAAUCGCUACAGCGGCCAUUCCCAAUGCUCCAUCUGAGAGUGACAGCCCGGACGAAAACGACGACAAGAGUAUUGUAUUCAAAGGUCGCAACUCUUUGCGCCAGACUCGACAGAGACCUCGCAGCGGAAUCUGGCACGACAUGAUGAAGCGCGGCACGUCCAGCAGCAACGCGGUUCCUGGAAUGAUUUCGUCUACGACAGCUCAGGGCGUUCUGCCUCACUACAGCGGCCACGCGACUGCGUCUCUCGCACCCACUGCGACCAACAUCAGCUCUUCUCCUCGAGAGCAGGCAAGCAAGUCGGGCACGCCCAAUGACAAUGGCUCGGCUGGCCCCGUGGCAGAGCGACAGAUUGAAAACCGACCUCCAGGCGUUCAAGGCUCGAAGAGGCGGCCCCAGGUCCUCUAG